GGAAGUAAAAAGUCACUAACGUUCGAGCUCGACGGGUGCAACAGCGAGGACGACUCAAAAUGAUACCAAGGACAUCAGCACGCAGGUUGGAGACGACUUUGGUGUCGUACUCUAGACAACGGCUUCCCCGUCCUGCUCGUUUCUAUUCGACUCCAACCAAAAAAGCAAAUGCCCCUGCUGUCGCACAAGCUCAACUUCCUCGCCCGGACUACCCCGCUUUCAUGGCUUCUUCUGCACCAGAAGUGCCGCAGGAGGAGUCAUUGCCGUUUGGGAACGACAUGCAAGGCUUUUUGAAGCGUCGUACACCUUACACUAUGCUACCCAUGCCGUUGCCGGACGACAAAUCUUCAGCCUUGAAUGACUUUUAUUUUACGGAUUCACCAACACGCGACCAAUUAGCUGUGAUGGACGCUUGCUUGCAUAAUCUGUAUGAUGUACCCCGAGCCAGGCAAGUCUUCGAGCGCCUGCGUGAGACA